AUGGCGACAUUUGCACGACCCAUUGCGUCAAGCAUUGCCGGAGUGGACUUCACCGUUUACUCCGACGAGGAGAUCAAGAAGCUUUCGGUGAAGAGAAUUCAUAAUACUCCGACUUUGGAUUCUUUCAACAACCCUGUGCCUGGUGGUCUCUAUGAUCCUGCCAUGGGCGCAUGGGGUGACCAUGUCUGCACAACAUGUCGUCAGAACUCUUGGUCUUGUACCGGCCAUGCCGGUCAUAUCGAGCUACCAGUUCCCUUGUAUAACGUCACUUUCUUCGAUCACAUCUAUCGCCUUCUUCGUGCGCAGUGUGUAUACUGUCAUCGGCUCCAAGUGUCCCGGGACAUGAUCAACAUGUACACAUGUAAACUACGUCUUUUACAGUACGGACUUACCGAUGAGGUAGCAAAAGUCGAUGCAAUGGGAGCCGUUAAGGCUGCUAAAUCGAAAACACAGAAAGCUACUGGUGACGACUCGGAUUCCGAUGAUGAUGACCCUGAUUCCAUCAUGGAAAAGCGUAUCGCAUACGUCAAUCGUUGUAUCAAAGAAGCCAAGAGAGAUGGCAGACUGGAGGGGUUGAUGGCUGGCGCAAAGAACCCUAUCGCUGCCGAGGGUCGACGAGAGCUGGUGAAAGCUUUCUUCAAAGAUAUCACCGGCAUCCGAAAAUGCGCUAACUGCAGUGGAGUGUCACCGUCAUAUCGAAAGGACCGCUACAACAAAAUCUUCCGAAAGCAGCUUCCCGAGAAAGCCAAGCUUGCGAUGCUUCACGGAGGGUUCCAGGCCCCUAACACUUUGAUCCUUCUCGAUCAAGAGAAGAAGGCUAACGCCAAGAAGGGCCAGUCAGCGGUCAAGGGUGUUUCCGAGGCCGGCAGCGCUGUGACCGAGACUCACGGCGCCGAAGAGGAAAUUCUCCGUGGCGCUGCCGUCACAGCUCAAUCCACGCAGCCUGGAUCCACUGGCCAAGAAUUCAUGACAUCUUCUGAGGUCUAUGCCGCCAUGUGUCUCCUCUUCGAGAAAGAAGGCGAGGUUCUGCAGUUAGUGUAUAACUCUCGUCCAGUCCCGAAGGGAGUGAAGGUCGUGAGCGCGGACAUGUUCUUCAUCAAGAGCCUGCUUGUUCCACCAAACAAAUACCGUCCCGCCGCUGCGCAAGGGCCUGGCGAAAUCAUGGAGGCUGCUCAGAACACGCCUUUCAACAACAUCCUCAAGCAGACGGACGUCAUCAAUCAGAUCAAGAAGGAGAUGCAGAACGAGAAUGAGAAAAUUAUGAGCCGGGCGCGGAAUCUGAGUGAUCUUCUGCAGGCUAUAGUUGCUCUCCAGGACUUUGUCAACGGUCUGAUCGAUCGUGAGCGAACUUCCGUGACCGGAUCGGCAAUUGCUCAGUUACCCAAUGGUAUCAAGCAGCUGCUCGAAAAAAAGGAGGGCCUGUUCCGCAAAAACAUGAUGGGUAAGCGUGUCAAUUUCGCUGCCCGUAGUGUUAUCUCUCCUGACCCGAACCUCGAGACCAAUGAAAUUGGUGUGCCUUUGGUGUUCGCGAAGAAGUUGACCUUCCCGGAGCCUGUCACCAACCACAAUUUCUGGGAACUGAAGGAAGCCGUAAUCAAUGGCCCCGACAAGUACCCUGGUGCUGCGGCGAUCGAAAAUGAGAACGGCCAGGUCAUCAACUUGAAGUUCAAGAGCUUGGAUGAGCGGACUGCCCUUGCAAACCAGCUGCUUGCUCCUUCAAAUUGGCGGCUGAAGGGGACCCGCAACAAGAAGGUCUACCGCCAUCUGACCACGGGUGACUAUGUCCUGAUGAACCGACAACCUACCCUUCACAAGCCCUCCAUCAUGGGUCACAAGGCCCGUGUUCUUCCAAACGAGCGGACAAUUCGAAUGCAUUACGCGAACUGUAACACCUACAACGCCGAUUUCGACGGUGAUGAGAUGAACAUGCAUUUCCCCCAAAAUGAGCUUGCACAGGCAGAGGCUCGCAUGCUUGCCGAUGCUGACCACCAGUAUCUGGUGGCCACUUCCGGCAAGCCUCUUCGAGGUCUGAUUCAAGAUCAUAUCUCGAUGGCUGUUUGGUUCACGUGUCGAGAUGCCUUCUUUGACGAGGAAGAUUAUCACCAGCUCUUGUACAAUUGCUUACGACCUGAGAACUCGCACAUAGUUGGCGAUCGCAUCCAACUGGUCGAACCAGCUUUUCGGAAACCCAAGUUCCUCUGGACCGGCAAGCAAGUGAUCACAACUAUCCUGAAGAAUAUCAAGCCAGAAAAUAGCGGCGGAUUGACUCUCAAGGGCAAAUCUUCCACACCGGGUGAUCGGUGGGGUAAGGGCAAUGAGGAAGACACCGUCAUCUUUGAUGAUGGUGAGUACCUCUGUGGUAUUCUGGAUAAGAAACAGCUUGGUCCGACUGCUGGUGGUCUGAUUGACGCUGUUCACGAGGUCUAUGGACACACCAUUGCAGGAAAGCUGAUGAGUAUUCUUGGACGCCUUCUGACUCGAUUCCUCAACAUGCGGGCUUUCACUUGCGGCAUUGACGAUCUCCGCUUGACAAAGGAAGGUGAUCGUAUCCGUAAGGAGAAGUUGAGCACGGCUGCAGAGAUGGGUCGUCAAGUUGCUUUGAAAUAUGUUACGCUUGACCAGUCUUCUGUCGCUGAUCAAGAUGCUGAGUUGAAUCGACGUUUGGAGGAUGUGCUUCGUGACGAUGAUAAGCAGAGCGGACUCGAUAGCGUUUCGAACGCUCGAAAUGCCAAGCUUUCCUCCGAAAUCACUAGCGCUUGUCUUCCUGCAGGCCUUGCUAAGCCUUUCCCUUGGAAUCAGAUGCAGUCGAUGACCAUCUCUGGAGCCAAGGGUUCUGGAGUGAAUGCCAACCUUAUUUCUUGCAAUCUGGGACAGCAGGUUCUCGAGGGUCGACGUGUUCCUGUCAUGAUCAGUGGCAAGACGCUGCCCUCUUUCCGAGCGUUUGAGACUCACCCAAUGGCUGGUGGUUUUGUCAGCGGUCGAUUCUUGACUGGUAUUAAACCUCAAGAAUAUUACUUCCACGCAAUGGCUGGUCGAGAAGGGUUGAUUGAUACUGCCGUCAAGACCUCUCGCUCCGGUUAUCUGCAGCGCUGCCUGAUUAAGGGAAUGGAGGGCCUUCGAGCCGAAUAUGAUUCCUCUGUACGAGAGGCGUCCGACGGGUCUAUUGUCCAAUUCUUGUACGGCGAAGAUGGUCUCGACAUUACCAAGCAGGUUCAUUUGAAGGACUUCAAGUUCCUCGCAGAGAACCAGCUAUCUGUUUCAAAGCAAGUUCAAGCCAGCCACUAUCGCGAUCUUGUGAACACAGAGGCAAUGGCAUGGAAUAAGGAUGCUCAGAAGGCGGUGCGCAAAACACAUGAUCUCGCCGCUAUGGAUCCUGCCUUGUCGGUGUUCCACCCGGGUGGAAACUUGGGAAGCACAUCAGAGGAAUUCGCCCAAGCCUUGAAGAAGUUCUCGUCUGAUAAUUCCGACUUGUUCAAGGACAAGAAGGAUGACUCUGAGCGCAAGAUCAACAAGAAGUCUUUCGAAGCUUUGAUGAACAUGAAGUACAUGAAAUCUAUUAUUGACCCUGGUGAAGCUGUUGGUAUCAUGGCUGGUCAAAGUGUUGGUGAGCCAAGUACCCAAAUGACACUGAAUACUUUCCAUUUGGCUGGUCACUCGGCCAAGAACGUCACACUCGGUAUUCCCCGUCUGCGUGAAAUCGUCAUGACGGCCAGUGCCUCAAUUAUGACUCCCACCAUGACACUCUAUCCCGUCAAGGAACUCUCGAAGGAGCAGGGCGAGAGAUUCGCCAAGGGUCUCAGUAAGCUCAGCAUUGCUGAGGUUGUUGACAAGGUUCAAGUCCGGGAACGCAUCGGCUCAGGAGUCGGUCACGCGAAGGCCAAGAUCUAUGAUAUCGUUAUCUCAUUCUUCCCUCCAGAUGAGUAUACCAAGGAAUACAGUAUUCAAGUGACCGAUAUCUACCGGGCCCUCGAACUCAAAUUCAUUCCCCGCUUGGUGAAGCUUAUCAAGGCUGAGCUUAAGAAGCGCAAUGAAGAUAAGACGGGUACCAAGACCUCUACAGCCCAACCCGAGAUUGGAGUUUCAGUCGGCCGAGUUGCAGAAGGUCCUACCGGUCCCGAUCGCGCGGAAGAGCCGGCGGACGAGGACAACGAAGACGACGAAGAUGAUGCUAAGCGGGCUCGCGGCGGUCAAAACCGCAACAACCAGGUGUCAUACGAGGGUCCCGACGAUGACGAGCAAGACAUCAUCCGUGGGCAAGACGAAGUCGACGUUGAUGACGAGGAUGAGGAGCUCCGUGAUGCUUCUGAUGACGAAUCUGGCGACGACUCGGACGACGACAAGGUUCAAGAGCAGAAGCUCCGCGAGGACAACGUGAAGAGCAAGUUCCCUGAGAUCAACAAGUUCGAGUUUGACAUGAAGAAGGGCACUACUUGCACUAUUCAGCUUGAGUACGAUAUCGAGACGCCCAAGCUUCUUCUGCUUCCUCUAGUCGAGAACACUUGCCACUUUGCUGUAAUUCAGCAGGUUCUCAACAUCGGAAGCUGCGUUUAUGUUGAAGGCGAUGAGAUCAAGGGCGAGCCUCCUUGCAUCAUGACUGACGGUGUGAACUUGCUCGCUAUGCGCGACCACCAAGAUGCGAUCAACCCGCACUCCCUCUACACCAACUCUAUUCAUGACAUGCUCAAUCUCUACGGCGUUGAAGCCGCCCGUGCCACCAUCAUUCGCGAAAUGGACUCCGUUUUCAAGGGUCACAGUAUCUCUGUCGACAAUCGCCAUCUGAAUUUGAUUGGUGACGUGAUGACUCAAUCUGGUGGAUUCAAGGCCUUCAGCCGUAAUGGUCUCGUCAAGGAUUCCACAUCUCCAUUCGCCAGGAUGUCAUUCGAGACCACUGUUGGUGCGCUGAAGGACGCUGUUGUGGAGCGUGACUUCGACAACCUGAAGGGCCCCAGUAGCCGAAUUGUCGUUGGCCGCUCGGGCACUGUUGGUACUGGUGCCUUUGACGUUCUUGCUCCUGUGGCAUAG